UGUCUCAAAGCCAUCAAAGUAUUUUCUCAUUUCUCUAUACUUAUAUUUCCACAUAUAUUAGCUCACAGGCAGCCAAACCAUCUUGUUGUUUCUUCUACACAAGUACAUAAUCAACCGAGACCCAUGGCCAUUCGUUUGCCAAGCAUUCUUCGCACACCUACUCUAGCUUCAAAGAAAGCUGCCUCAAGGUAUCUUUUUGAGGUGCCUAAAGGUUUCAUAGCUGUUUAUGUUGGGGAAACUGAGAAGAAGAGAUAUGUAGUUCCAAUAUCCUACUUGAACCACCCUUCAUUUCAAGAUUUGCUAAGCAGAGCAGAAGAGGAAUAUGGUUUUGAUCAUCCAAUGGGUGGUUUGACAAUUCCCUGCAGAGAAGACACUUUUAUUUAUGUCACUUCUAGCUUGAUGAGAUUAUAAGAGAAUUCAAAUUAGUCUAAUCACAUAAAACAAUUUUGUGUGGUAUAAAUCUACAAGCCAAUGAAGAUACAUUCUUUUAGUGAAAUGAGAAAUAUUAGUAUAUAAUUUGCAAUUUCUUGCUA